AUGUUUUAGCCCUCUAUGAGUGUACUUUGGACGUUUGGUCGUCACUGAAUUCAAUGUAGUUCUUCUACGAUAAUACAUAAUGGAUUGGAUCAACUACAGCUGUCUGUGUUACCAGAUGACACAAACUGACACAAAGGAACCGGGGGCGGUGACUGCGGGCCAGAUUUUUUUUUAGGGUUUUUUGAAGGCCAAGUUUCAACGCACAUCGUUAGGUGACCCUUUUCUACUUACUCGUCAUGACGUCUCAGCUCGCCCGUGAACUGGCAGAUUCUGUUGUGGAAAGGGAAAUUCAGCACUUUCUCGAACAGUCUGAAGUACGCCUUCCUAAACCAUUUGAUAUUGCCUCCAUACACGUUCCUUCCACGCCUCUCACGGAGAGGACUGUGAGCUAUGCCAACGAGGUGCUGCACCCUGCGAUAUUCAACCAUUCCAACCGCGUCUACUACCUUGGAGCAGCAAUGGUUCAAGACUAUCUACCGCAAUGGAAAUUCAAAUGGGAAGAUUACUUCCUAACUUCCAUUUUACACGAUAUCGGCCUUGCUCCAAGUCUCCAGCUGAAUAGUCCACUCUCAUUCGAAUAUAUCGGAGGCAUUCAUGCAAGAGAAAAGUUGGUGGAAUUUGGAGCUCCGCAGUUCCAAGCUGACGAAGUAGCGGAAGCUAUUAUUCGACACACUGAUGAAAGAGAGGGAUAUAUUCGACAAAGCGGAUACAUGAUACAGAUGUCUACCACCAUCGAUGUAACUGGCAGGAAUCCUCAGUGGUAUCACCCACAUACCAUUGAUCAAACGGUACAAAAGUUUCCGCGCUUAGGAUUCAACAACGUCUUUGCCGACGCUAUGGUGGCUGAGUACGAGCAAAAGCCAGGCAGCAACUUAUGCAAGCGUGAUAAACACAUCUACCUAGAGCGUAUAAGGAACAAUCCUGUGAUGGAAAGGUAUGACAGGAAGUAAAGUUGAGUAAAUGCUGGGCAUACUCUUGUGUUGGGCUUAGAUGAGAAGGAAGUCCAGAGUACGCUACUGUCAUGUUCCUUGAAACAUAACAGGAACUACUGGAAGUAUACACGUUAGCAAGGAAGUACCCUGCAGAAGAACCCGAAGGAAGCAUCCCCCAUACAGAAGAGAAUCUACACAAGUGUAAACAAACAGCCGAAAGACUUGCAAGAAACGUCGUAACCAGUCAUCAGGACUUACUGGAAGACCCCCAAGAAAACUACCAAGAAGACCUUCAAGAAGAACAGCCCUAGAAGCUAAGAAAUCGUCCAGAUUCAAAACCAAACUACCCGAACCCUAUAAUGGAGAACGUAAAACCGCA